CUCUAGUCGUGUUCAUUACACUUCUCCUUGGCCAACGAGGAGCUCCAGACAUGGUCGACCCAGCCUUCUUCCUCAAGAAGAAGACCAGGCCAGGUGCAUCCCGCACACCGAAGCCUCCUGCCGGGUCUGCGACUGCUGCUGGACCUUCAGCCCCUCGUCGGCCACCACCCCCUCGUCCUGGCGCGCCGCCGGGACGUCCUGCUGGCCCACCCAAGACUGACGCUGUCAAGGCAGAAGUCAAGGAUGAGGCCAAUCCAAACAUCACCGCCAUCCCGAUCUACUCGGCCGAGCCAGGCUCUGGUCUGCGCUACAACUUUAUGCGACUCAACUCGACGCGCGACGUUGACCCGUCCAAGAUUCCCGCUCCCAUUCUUAUGAACCGCAAGCAGCCUGGUCCCAAGCAGCCUCCUCAGUUUGCUACCGACGCAGAGGGCAAGAUCAUUGGCCGCUACGUGUACGACGACCAGGGCAAGCCCGUUCUCGACGAAGACGGCAAGCCGGUCGUUGAGAAGAGGAACGAAAUGGACAUGUCGCUUGUUGGCACAGCCCCAGGCCAGUCUGGCAAGCGCCGCGGCAAGCGCAACAUCAAGGAGGUGUUCCAUCAAGACGUCGAGGUUAUCAAACUCCGUCGCGAGGAGGCGCACCCUUGGGUCUUGGAAGCAAAGAAUCCGUCGGGGGACAAGCCGGCUCUACCUGAGCACUGGGUGGGCCGCAUGCGCGACGGCUUGACGCUACCCACCGUGCUUCUCGUCAACGACGGACAGAAUGCGAACUUUACAAUGGUCCCGCUCGGAAGGGAGUAUCAGUUUGAGCCCGAGCGCCCAUUCAAGAUCAUGGAUGCCGACCAGGCCAACAAAUACUACGAGAUGCAGACCAAGUACAAAAUCCACGACCGAUGGGGUCAGCGACAGGAGGGCGCGGGUCCCUCGGGUUCGCCGGCUCCUGUCAAGGCUGAGGACAUGCGCCGGCUCGAGGACCGCGCACAGCGUCUCGAGUGGAACAUUAUGAGCAACAAGGGCACCAUUCCUCGUGCUCCUGUCAAGCGCGAGCGUUUCGACGACGACUACGUCCGCGAGCGCCGCAACAUUGGCCGUGGCCUCGAGGGAACUGCAGACGAGGAACUUGACUUUGAUGUCAACGAGGAGUUCCAGGAUGACGAAGACAGCAACACCUUCUACCACAACAAGGAGGAGGACGAGGAGAAGAAGCUGCAGGAGGAGCGUCAAAAGCAGGAGUACCGUUGGGCAAACGCCAAUGUUGGCGACCGUCCCCAGAUUGAUGGGGAUGAUGACGACGACGACUUGUUUGGCGACAAGUUGACGUCCGAGGGCAAGCGUCUGAGGAAGAUGAUGCGCAAGCGUGCGCAUGGUGAGGACGAGGACUUGUAUGAGAGCACGGACGAGUCGGAUGACGACAGCGAUAGCGAAGCCGAGAAGGAAAAGGAAAAGGACAAGGACAAGGCUCCUGGAUCGGCCGAGCGCCCGAGUCGUGCUGGGUCGAGGGCGGGCUCGCGUGCUCCAGGAGAACGCGAGCGUUCGUCUGGAUCGCCCAGCCGUCGCCUCCAGCCUCCCACGCCCGACCGCGCCGGCUCUGUCCCCUCUGGAUCCGGAGCUGCCUACUUGGCGAAGCGUGCCGCGUCUCGUGGUGCCAGCCCUCGGCGCAGCAGAGCCGGGUCGCCUCUUGCUCGGGGCUCCUCUCCCGAAGGCGGACGCAGUGGCAGCCCGUUACCCAACGGCCGUGCCAACUCGCCUGGUGUGUCGUCGUCCCUCGCUCGCAGUGGCUCGCCUGCGCCUUCGCAGGCUGCUCGUGAAGGCACUCCCGGUGCCGCCGGCGCGCCCAAACCCAAGUCCAAGUCUGCCAAGCGCAAGGCCACGUCCGAGUCACCGUUGCGUGACACACCCACCAGCACGCCCGGUUCUUCAGCCCCGUCGAAGCGCAAGUCUGCCGAGGACAGCGCAUCGCCAGGUGCGCCUGGAACGGACGGUGCUGGAAGCUCUGCGCCAAAGAAGAAGAAGAACCGCGGCGGGUCGUCGACGCCAGUGCCCGAGGUCGUGCCGUUCCCCGGCAUGAUCGAAGCCGACAAGGUUCUCAAGUGGCUCCUGUCCCAGAAGGACCUGUCCAACAUCCCUAUGCCCUCUGCCAUUGCGGCCUUCACCAAGCAGAUCCAGAUCAACACUGAGGAGAACAAGAAGCUCUUCUUAAGAUACAUCAGGCAAUACACGGAGAACGGGGGCCAAGGGGCGCUUCGCGUCAAGUCCCAGUACCUCCCAUAAACCACACACAUGUACCCAGUAGAGAUUGCGGCGGGGAUGAUGUAGCUGCCGCUGGACACAUAGAGUAAAGCAGGUAGUGCAGUCGAGUUUCAAGUGCCUGUUAGUUGAGAAACAACGUGUGACUGCAACGCAACUAGCUAUUAUGCGAU